GUGCCGUGCCGGACCGCCCGUUUGGCCAUCUAUACCUACAAGACACAAGUCGUGGGCGGGGCCGCGCAAGAAAACCCCGCCAGUUUCCCACCGCGCGCUCGCUGAAAAAUGCCAAUGCCGCCGCCGCCGCGAAAAGACUUCCCGGCGUUCCCGUUUGCGCCGUACCCGAUCCAGUCGGAAUUCAUGUCGUUUCUCUACGCCGCUCUCUCUUCAGGCCCCGGCGCCCUCGCCCUACUCGAGAGCCCUACCGGCACGGGCAAGACGCUCAGCAUCAUCUGCAGUGCGCUGCAGUGGCUCCUCGAUCACCGCGAAGCUGCCGUAGUUGCCGCUACGGCAUUGGCCCACCCCAGCGGCGCCUCCGGCUCCGGUGGUGACGAUGACGAGCCCGACUGGUUGCGGGAUUUCAAGCCGGCGGCGGCGGUUAAAGAGAGCACUAAGAAGAAGGCGAAGCCUCCCGCGAUGAGGAAAACGCUGGUUUCACGGAAACCAGAUGGAUUUGGGGAGGAAGACGGCGGCGACGACGAGGGGGAGUUCCUACUUGAGGAGUAUGAGAGCGACAGCGAAGACGUCGCGAGGCGGGGUGUAGGGAAACGAGCACAUUGCGGUAGUAGUAGCAGCAGUAGCAGCGAGGACGACGAUGAGAUGACGCCCAAGGUUUUCUUCACAAGCCGCACGCACUCGCAGCUCUCUCAGUUCGUCGGGGAGCUCAAGAGGACGGAGUUCGCUGGGCGGAUCAGGACGGUGUGCUUGGGGUCCAGGAAGAACUUAUGCAUCAACAAGGAUGUUCUGAAGAUGGGCAGUGGAAACAGGAUUAAUGAGAGGUGCUUGGAACUGCAGAAGAACAAGAAGAGCACCAAAAUUAAGCUUGAGGAUGAUAAACGAAAGGUGCGCCCAGCAAAGCGCUCUUGUGGCUGCCCGAUGUUAAGAAGCAGAAGUCUGCUGAAAGAGUUCAGUAGCGAAGUGUCAAACCAAGGUGCAUUAGACAUCGAGGAUUUGGCACAAAUAGGGAAGAAGAUUGGAACCUGUCCCUACUAUGGUUCACGAGACAUGGUCCGCUCAGCUGACCUUGUAGUCCUUCCUUAUCAAUCUUUGUUACUCAAGUCUGCUAGAGAAUCACUUGGCCUUAAUCUGAAGAACAGUGUUGUCAUCAUAGAUGAAGCUCACAACUUAGCUGAUUCCUUGAGUAACAUGUACAACUCAAAGAUCACGUCUUCUCAGUUGAAGGCAGUCCUUUCCUGCCUGGAUGAAUACCUUGAUAGAUUUUACAAUGUUUUGGGAGCUGGGAAUCGACGAUACAUCCAGACCUUAACAGUUUUAACAAAGUCUUUCAUACGUGUUUUGAUCAACAAUCAAGAUGGUGCCAGCACUAUGUCUUCUAUGACCAUAAACCAAUUCUUGUUUUCCCUUGACAUUGAUAACAUAAACAUAGUAAAACUUUGUCAGUUUGUGAAAGAAAGCAAUAUAAUCCAUAAGGUUUGUGGAUAUGCAAACAAGUUAAGUAGCAUCCAAAAUCAGUUUGAUCUCCAGCUCCAUGAUGAAGGAAGCAGUAUAGCAUGCUUUCAGGCAUUGGUUGACUUUCUACGCUCCCUUCUGAACAGCAAUGAUGAUGGAAGAAUCAUAGUUGCAAAGCAAAAGCUAGGUGGACAACCUGAUGAAGCAUAUCUUAAAUUUGUGAUGCUUUGUGCGGAAAAAAUAUUUUCUGAGGUUACGCAGGAUGCUUAUGCUGUUAUCCUGGCUGGUGGAACUCUCCAGCCUAUUGAAGAAACUAGGCUGCGCUUGUGUCCAAGCUUACCACCAACUGAUAUAAAAUUCUUCACUUGCAACCAUAUUGUUCCUCCUGAGAGUAUUCUUCCAAUAGCAGUUACACGUGGACCCUCAGGCAAGGCAUUUGAUUUCAGCUACAAUUCAAGGAGCUCUCCUUCCAUGAUUGAGGAACUUGGUCGUUUCAUCUGUAACAUUAUAACAGUCGUGCCUGAGGGAGUUGUUAUGUUUUUUUCUUCAUAUGAUUAUGAAAGGCGUGUAUAUGAUGCAUGGAUGACAACAGGCACAAUUUCCAGGAUUUCUAAAAAGAAACAUGUUUUCAGAGAGCCAAGGAACAGUGCUGAUGUCGAGGCUGUCCUCAACAAAUACAAGGAGGCAAUUGAAUCCUGUAGUAAUUUUUCCCAAGACACAGGUGUCAAUGGGGCACUUCUAUUAGCUGUUGUUGGUGGGAAGAUUUCUGAAGGCAUAAAUUUCAGCAAUGGGAUGGGUCGUUGUGUCAUAAUGGUUGGCUUGCCUUAUCCAAGUCCAUCUGAUGUUGAGCUUAUAGAGACAAUAAAGCAUAUCGAAAGUAUUUCUAGCUCAUUUUCGGUUGGAGAUGAUAAGGCCUUAAGCAGAAAAUAUGAUGAUGAAUGUGAACUUCAGCCUGGUUAUGAUAUAUUACGGAAGUGCACUAGAGGUGGAAGAGAGUAUUAUGAGAAUUUAUGCAUGAAAGCUGUGAAUCAAUCUAUUGGCAGAGCAAUCAGGCACAUAAAUGACUAUGCUGCAAUGCUAUUGGUUGACUCGCGUUAUGCACAGACUUCAUCAACCAAGAGUUUUUCCUGCCCGGCUGAUAAGCUUCCUCAAUGGAUAAAAGCACGACUCUCUUGUGCUCAAAACUAUGGAGAAGUUCAUAGAUCGUUGCAUCAGUUCUUCAAGUUCAAUAAAAAAAAUGUUGAAAUACUCUAGAAACCACCAAGCAUUGCCAUUGUUGAUUCAUUGCAAACAAAAAUACAGGUGUAUGUACUCGUAAAACGUAGCAUUGUGUUUGUGUAUCCUUAUGCUGCUUACUUAUGAGCAAGGCUUCAGCCUGCGCCUGCGAAUGCGAUCAGAGUUAUGUACAGAAUUAUGGUGACAGUAACGCUUCCUCUUAAGGAAUUAUGGUUAGAUCCAUAUUUCUUUUGCUCGAGAUUGUAAAACAAUAUCACAAAUGUGAUUAUUCAGUCCUUAUCAUUGUUUCAAUUCUUUCAUGAUAGCAAA